CUUAAAUAUAAAAUUAUCCACAACCGAAAACAAUCAUGAAAUACUUUCUUCGUAUUGUUAUCGUUUAUAUUAGUUGCAAUAUCGUAUACAAUUCUGAAGAUUGCUUAUCAAAUUUUCAAAAUUGUAUAAUAAAGAAUGUAAAUAUAAUCAAGGAUUUAUUGAACUGUACACUUUUUAGUUGGGAUCUGAAAAAAUAUUGCUUACCACAAGAAAGUGACAGCUGCUAUGAAAGUAUUUCUAAUUACACUAAUGAAUUGUUGUCUAUUCUAAAUAUCUUCGAACAAUUAAUGCUAACAAAUAUAAAGCGUGCUAGAGACAAGCUGCAGUGCUUACAAUUCAUAGGAGUAAUUCUUGAAAGAAAUUUUAUAGUUUGCGAACAUGAUAAAAGAAUGACACCGUUUUGUGACUUUAUGAAAAUUAUAGGCCUACUUGAUUAAUUAAGAAGAAUUCGUCAACAGAGAUAAGCGAUACAACUAUAUGUAGAUCUUUAAUAUAAUUUUAAACAAGCUGUAGUUUUAAAUUGAUAUCAGUUAAUGUCAUGUAUCAAAGCUAUGCUGUUUGUCUGUAUUUUACUGUUUAAAAAUAUAUUAAUUAUUAUUAUAUUUUUAAAUUUGAUAAAAAUAUAUUUGUCUAGAGAUUCACCAAACGAUCCUACAGAUAAAUCGAUUGGCCAUCUUGAGUAUGACAAAACCCUAAUUACAAGAUCAUUUGUUAUAUUAUAUGGUAUUAUUUUGUAUUAAUUUUUAAAAUUAAAUCUAAACUUACUUGAAUUAAAAAAAAACUGUUUAAAAACAAUUUUAAUGGUUUUCUU